CACUCAAUACCACGCCGUCGACUGUAGACUUGUAACGACGAGUUUGAUGGAAUCGCAUGUGUUACAGAGCGAUAUAUCCUUCGAAAGGAUGCCGCAUGUGGCGCUUCCGUCGCCACCGCCUCCCGUUCACUAGAACGGAUGUCUGCUUUAUUGUAGUGUGCUGUCGGUUUGCGAAGUGCUGUGAACGUUCGGUCUGGUGUCGUAAUCGUCCCGCUAUGAGGACGUGUCGGCUACACCAAGCAUUUAGCCAAAAUAUACUGUUUAGUGGAAAUGAAUGGAUAACUGUGCUCCUACAAUCGUCUAUAUUGUUUCGAGGCUAGCGAGACCGCUUUAGAUUAAAAAAAAGAAUUUAAUAUUAUUUAAUAAGAUAUUGAGUAAACGUCAAGAUCAAUAUAAAUCUUAAGAACCAUAACAGAAAGUUUUGUUUCGUCGUAUCUCGCUGGCCUCUAAUAUGAUUCGAAAAAAUUCAAGAAGACUUUUAAAAUUGACUUUGUAUGCCGGACUAAUGCUUGGAGGAUUAGUAAUGAUGAGGUUAAUGCUUGCAUCGCAUCCUCUUCAAGAUCCCGAUAUCGAUUGGGGUAAUAUUGGUGGUGGAUUGGGGAUGCCUAGGGCACCCGAGACUCUAAGAAGAGAAAGGGACGCAGAAGGUUCUGAUAAGACGAAGAAAGAUUGGCACAAUUACAGCUUAAUCGCAGAAGAGAGUAAGCGACAAGGUCCUGGAGAACAUGGAGCUGCUUUCUAUCUUCCACCCGGAAAAGAGAAACUGAAGGAUGAACUGUACAAAGUGAACGGAUUUAAUGCCUUGGUCAGCGACUACAUCGCCUUAAAUAGAUCUUUAUCGGACAUUAGACAUUCUGGAUGCAAGACCAAAAUGUACGAAAAAAAAUUGCCAGUUGCCAGCGUAGUGGUUCCUUUCCAUAACGAGCACUGGAGCACCCUUUUAAGAACUGUUACGAGCGUUCUUAAUCGUGCCCCUCCAGAACUGCUUAAAGAAGUCAUCUUAGUGGACGAUUUUAGCACUAAAGAAAAGUUAAAGAAGCCUUUAAAUGACUAUGUAAGGAAACAUUUCAAAAACGUCCGGAUUCUCAGGGCUAAUAAAAGAGAAGGACUGAUUCGUGCCCGCCUUUUGGGUGCCAAAGCUACAACUGGUGAUGUUAUCAUUUUUUUGGAUUCUCAUACAGAAGCUAAUGUCAACUGGCUGCCUCCUCUUCUCGAACCGAUUGCACUGGAUAGAAAGACAGUAGUUUGUCCCUUUAUUGACGUCAUAGAUUUCGACACAUUCGCCUACAGGGCACAGGACGAAGGUGCAAGAGGUUCUUUCGAUUGGGAAUUGUACUAUAAACGUCUGCCGUUGUUGCCCGAAGAUUUACAGCAGCCAACUGAACCAUUCAAGAGUCCUGUGAUGGCGGGUGGACUAUUUGCCAUUGACAGAAAGUUCUUUUGGGAAUUAGGAGGAUAUGACGAAGGACUAGAUGUCUGGGGUGGAGAACAGUACGAAUUAUCUUUCAAAAUUUGGCAAUGUGGUGGCCAAAUGGUUGAUGCACCUUGUUCUAGAAUAGGACACAUUUAUCGAAAAUUUGCUCCUUUUCCUAAUCCUGGUAUAGGGGAUUUUGUUGGAAGAAUAAGAAAUGUGGCCAGUGAUCUGUGCAUCGAUACGAGAUUUCGUGGCCAGAAUCAACGAUUCGGACUCGAAAAAUGCAUUAAAGAUAAUCCAAAACAGGGUGGAGAACAGCAAUUUGUGCUGAGCUGGCACAAGGACAUACGACCCAUUAAACGAAAUGUCUGUUUUGACGUCUCUAGUUCUGAGAAACAUGCUUCGGUUGUCUUGUGGAGCUGUCACGGGAUGCAGGGCAAUCAACUGUGGAAGUACGACUUGGGUACUCAACAUCUUCAUCAUCCAAUCACAGGGAACUGUUUAGACUGUGAUGCGGAGAGAAAAGAACUGUUUAUGAGCCCCUGCGAUCCUCAAAACCAAAAUCAACGGUGGACGUUCGAAAGUGUAAAUGCCAGUGCUCUUGCCAGUUGGUGAACUAUAAUUCGUUGACUCUAACAUUCAAAUUGCGGGCAACACAGGUGUAAGGUGACGACGACCAAAAGUGCCAGACCCGCAAAAAAUUUUGCGCGAUUGCCUAGUCUUUUUUCAACAGGAUCAACUUUUGGGGGAAAAAAAAUCACCAGCUAAACUAAGAACGAGAGGAAGAAAGAGACAAUAUACACAUAAAAUCUUCCUUGGAAUGUGUUGUAGAUGUGUGUAAUGUUUUAUCUCACAUGCUAGGUGCUAUAUUUCAGAACAUGGUCUAAACAUUUUUUACGUUUAAAAUUAUUUCUAAAAUAUUUUUAAAUUUCAAAUUUCAAUGUAAAUAAUAUAUUAAUAACAAAUGUUGAUUUCUCGGAAUUAAUUUUUUCUACAAACUUUCAAAGAAAUGUGUAUAAAAAUUUUAAUAAAAUGUAUCAACUCUUAACGUUUAGAUCGUGUUCUGAACAUUUUGAUUGUUGCGUUGAUACAAAAAUAAAAAAAAACCAAACAAAAUCAACUUUUUUUGUAAGAAACCGAUUGUACGUAAAUUAAAUCUGUGCAUAAUA